GUCUUCAGUCUCUGGUCAUCUCCUGUACUAUGUCUUCAGUCUCUGGUCAUCUCCUGUACUAUGUCUGCAGUCUCUGGUCAUCUCCUGUACUGUGUCCACAGUCUCUGGUCAUCUCCUGUAAUAUUUUUGCACUUGUCACUUUGCUGACACUUGUUGGUAUUCACCAAUUUUGCGCAAAUCUCAGUUUUGCGUGUUAUACACUUUGUCACUUCAAUUUUAGCGCUGCAUAUAUAUAUUUUAGCUCCUGUACUAUGUCAGCAGUCUUUGGUCAUCUCCUGUACUAUGUCCGCGGU